CGCUACAUCGUGACGCAAAAGCCGUCAUUCAACAUGCUAAAUCGUUUCUGCAAAAAACGACUUAAAGCAACAUUUCAGCGCUAUUCAUCUCAGCUCGCUCGUCUUCCAUUCUCCAUCUUCGUCUCCAUAUUCUUCUACUCGGAUAUUUUCAUCCAUGGAUCCUCUCGGAAACUCCUUCAAUCCGAAUAAACAUUUGAAAGAAGAAUUUGUGAGCAACCUCACUGGAUCUUCCAUGCUUGAAAUCUUUGCACAUUUAACAAUAGUCCCAGCUGUGAUGCUUCUGCGGCACUCAGUCCACCUCAAUCGCCUCAUCGCUCCCGAAGCUACACAGAUCUCAUUGAAGAAAAAUGACAAUGCAAUUGUUGGUUUGAAGAGUUUGAGGGCUUACACUACAACAAUGCUUGGGGAUUUUCUCUCUAUUAUUCUUCCUAUCCUUUUAUUUUUCACUGUUUUGGCAGAGUGGAAUAAUGCAUGUGCAAUUUUGUUGGUGUUGCUACUACUUUUCUUCAUUUUAGUUAAAAGAUUUGGUUUGUUUAGUUUUCAUGAAGCUUCCCAUUCUUUAAGGACACACAUUUCAUCAUACAGGGUUUGCAUGAUGAUUUUAACAUUCUUGUUUAUCUUGGCUGUUGACUUCAAAAUAUUUCCUAGAAGAUAUGCUAAGACAGAGACUUACGGUGUUAGUUUGAUGGAUCUCGGGGUAGGCUCAUUUGUGAUUGCAAAUGCUUUGGUUUCACGCCAAGCACGAAAUAUCGCAUCAACGAAUUGGAUGUCUGCUCUUCAGUCUACCAGUCCAUUAAUCCUUCUAGGGGUUGGACGUCUAAUUUUUACAGGAGGCGUUGACUAUCAGGUUCAUGUGGGUGAAUAUGGAGUGCAUUGGAAUUUCUUUUUCACACUUGCAGCUGUAUCAGUCCUGACAUCCUUAAUUAAUGUUCCUCCAAAAUAUUGUGGAGUUUUAGGUUCGCUAAUUCUGAUAGGAUAUCAAAUUUGCUUGAUGCUUGGUUUAAAUGUGUAUCUGCUUUCUAGUGAAAGGAAAAUGGACAUCAUCAGCCAGAACAAGGAGGGAAUCUACAGCAUAUUUGGAUAUUGGGGGAUGUAUCUUGUCGGUGUCCAAUUGGGAAAUUUUCUUUUCUUCGGUGACAAGCCUGCUGCUGGGUUGAGAAGCAAUAAAUGGGCAAGGACUGGAGCCUGGAUUUUUUCAUUUUCAUUUUGGUUUUUAACUAUACUCCUAGAUAGCCAUGUUGAAAGGGCUUCCCGCAGAAUGUGCAACCUGGCGUAUGUUACUUUGGUGCUGGCGACAAACUUACAGGCACAGACAAUAGGGGGAGGAGAGGUGAGGUGGUUUUCAGCUGCGGAAGUGAAGGACAGUAGGGGUGGGGGGAGGAAAAGAGCGAUGGCUGAAUGGAAGGAAGGAGAGUUGGGAAAUGGGGGAGUUGGGGAGAGAGAGGGGGCACAGAAGGAGAAGCUGAGUUGGAGAGAUUUUGAAAUGGGGAUGAUUGCUGGAAUUUUGUACCUUUACGAGGGGAGGGAUGCUGCAAUGCUGCUGCUGGGUGUGGGUCUGUGUGGUCACAUGGAUUCCCCUGCCUGGGUCUCUGACACCCAUUGGACCAUGGUCCAAGGAUGACGCCUCCCCUCAUCCGUCCUCUUCACUCUCUUCUCACCAUCACCCCAAGAUAAUGUAACGCUUCCCACUGUUUCUACGCUCUCUCUCUCUCUCUCUCUCUCUCUCUCUCUCUCUCUCUCUAUAUAUAUAUAUAUAUAUAUAUAUAUAUAUAUAUAAAACUUUCUCUAGAGUAUGAUUGUAGAUCAUGGUUGAAAUGUUUUGGAGGUUUGAUGUAUGCUUCAAAUAGGGUGAAAAUAUAAUCAUAAAAGGCAUUAUAUAUAUA